AUGUACGAAGGGAUUGACAACCUGAAAUCCCUUUACGACCGUGCCGGGAAGACUUUCUCCGGCGGUCCUUCUGCGGCACAGGAUGUGUCGCGUCGUACUGCUCGACCAGACCCAGUACGUCAACCAUCAAUUGGGAGCGGGGCUCCCAAGAAUCCCAGGACGGGGGAUAGCCGCGCCACCGGACGAGGUAACUCGUCCGACGUCCGUUCACGUCGCGGUGGUUCAACAGCUGCUCUACUAGAUAGCGCUGGCCACCGCGAGAGUCCUCUAAUGGAGGUGGAGGAGGAGGAAAGACGCUCUCCACACGAUCAUGUGGAUCGGUGUGUUCCCGAGAGCUUCUUUGAUCGCGUAACGCAAGGGUUACGCGACGAUCUCGAGCAUGAGCGGAAUAGGCGUCUCCAGAUGGUGGACACUGCCUCGAAGCAUCGAGCUGAGUUUGCCUUUGCUCAGCUUGAGAACGAGAGAUCUCUGGCAUCUCUUCGUGACGAGCUAAGGGUAGCUCGUGGGAUUGUUGAUCGGUCUCGGGCUGAGAUAACUGCUCUUCAGACCCUUGUUGAUGCCCACCAUCGGGAGCACAAGGCUCUCUGCGAGAUGCUUGAGCGCAAGGGCGUUCUUCAUCGGAAGAAGCAGCGUACUGAUGGUACGGCUUAA